ACAUGGCGCUGGUUAUAGAGAGCCUACUCAACAGAGUUCUGUCUCUCUCUCCCCCCCAAAGAACAGAGAUUGUUGAAAAAUAAGACUUCUUAGAAUCAAAAUACACACACAAGUAUAAAAAACCAAAAACCAAAAGCAAAAGCAAACGCAAAAGUAAAAUCACUCAUUUCAGUUACUGAUAUAGCAGACUCAAGUGAAGUGUCUCAAUCUUGAGAGAGAGCGAGAGAAGAUGGAGAAGAGCAGUGAUGGUUUUGUGAGAGCAGAUCAGAUUGAUCUUAAGAGCUUGGACGAGCAACUGGAGAAGCAUCUCAGCCGAGCAUGGACUAUGGAGAAGAACAAGAAGAAGCAACCAGACUCCGACUCCACCACCGCCGAAGCCGCCACGAGGCAGAGACAGGAGUGGGAGAUCGAUCCCUCCAAGCUCAUCAUCAAGGGCGUCCUCGCUCGUGGCACUUUCGGCACUGUCCACCGCGGCGUCUACGACGGCCAAGAUGUCGCCGUUAAGCUGCUAGACUGGGGAGAAGAGGGGCACCGGACAGACGCUGAAAUAGCAUCACUGAGGGCAGCUUUUACACAGGAAGUUGCAGUAUGGCAUAAGCUUGAUCAUCCCAAUGUAACUAAGUUUAUAGGGGCAACAAUGGGCUCUUCAGGGCUGAACAUACAAACGGAAAACGGUCAAAUUGGCAUGCCAAAUAAUAUCUGUUGUGUUGUUGUGGAAUAUCUUCCGGGGGGUGCCUUGAAAUCUUACCUAAUAAAGAACCGGAGAAGGAAGCUAGCUUUCAAAGUAGUUGUACAGAUGGCACUUGAUCUUUCAAGAGGGCUGAGUUACCUCCACUCACAGAAGAUUGUUCACAGAGAUGUAAAGACAGAGAAUAUGCUAUUAGACAAGACUCGCACGGUAAAAAUUGCUGACUUUGGAGUUGCUCGAGUUGAGGCCUCAAAUCCUAGUGACAUGACUGGGGAAACCGGGACUCUUGGUUACAUGGCUCCUGAGGUUCUCAAUGGCAGCCCCUACAAUAGGAAAUGCGAUGUGUACAGUUUUGGCAUCUGUUUGUGGGAGAUGUAUUGCUGCGACAUGCCAUACCCAGACCUUAGUUUCUCGGAAGUGACUUCAGCUGUGGUCCGCCAGAAUCUGAGACCAGAGAUACCAAGGUGUUGUCCGGGUUCUCUGGCAAACGUAAUGAAACGGUGCUGGGAUGCAAACCCCGACAAAAGGCCAGAGAUGGACGAGGUCGUCUCCAUGUUAGAGGCCAUUGACACGUCAAAAGGCGGAGGAAUGAUUCCUCUUGAUCAGAAUCAAGGUUGUCUCUGCUUCCGCAAGUACCGAGGGCCUUAAAAAAAUUACAACUUGAGCUUUAUAAACAAUUCGAGUUGUAUAUUUCAAUGUCGAAAAGAUCCAUAUUUGUAUGUGAAGAAAAAGAAACUAGGAUUUCAGAACAGAUGAUAGUGGCUAUAGGCCAAGGAGCUAUGCAACAUCUCUCCUUGUCGGAUGGUGUAAAGCUUUUCUUUUCUUUCCUUAAUCUUUUUCAUUUUUAUUUUAUUUUUUCCUUUUUUCCUAAUAUGUGUAUUUGAUUGACUUGCCAGUUUGGUGGCCGACUGGCUCUACACCUCUUCUGUAUUAUGGUUCCUAAUAUAAUACUAGAAUAAAUUCAAAGGACUUGUAUUGUAUAUAAAUUCAAAUGACUUAAUAUACCUCUACAUAAAUGUA